AAAAAAAACAAUUGUGUCCCUCAAUGGGAGAUGACAAAUUACUGCUUGUACGCGACGUGUUUGCAGUCCGUCUAUUUAUGAGGGUAUGCGGCGCCACUUAUACCCCAACCAGUUAUUACCAUCGCUCAUCCGUGUCUGUACUGUGCAUCUCUCCAUGUCGCUUUAGUGCGUGAUCUCGCACCACUCAUACCGAUCUCUGCAUGUAAACGAGAUGGUUUCAAUUUAUUGUGUCAGUCUGUUGAGUGCUCUUGUUGGCUGCGUGCGAAUACCAGAAGAGGAGCGGUACGGACAUCAUACACUCUUCAGGCCUUUGAAAAACUACCUUGGGGCAGGUUUACUUUGCUACCAGUUAUUGGCGUGUUGAUGCAAGAUGGUAGUGGAUACGAGCGACUUAAACUGUUCAGAUCUGUACCAACUGGACUUAUCAGAUGAUAUCAAGCGGGCCUCUACCUACCUGAUUAACCCAGGAUCUCGAGCAAUAGCCCUGGGUGUCCAGAUCCUGGCUCUGAUCAUUGGUGUGCCAGGGAAUGUAUCGUUCCUCGUGGCUGUUGCUCGGGUUGCUUACAUGAAGACCAUCACAAACAUCUUCCUGGUCAACCUAGCCAUAGCUGAUAUUAUCUUCUUGUUCUUCACGAUCGUCAGUUAUCUACUGUACCUGCCAGCCCCGGUGCGUAGUCACAUCCACUCUUUGCUCAACCUCAGUUGCUCUGUGUCGUUCGCCAUUCCAUUCCUGACCUACUUCACCUCCGUCGCGACAGUUUGCCUGGUAUCUGCCGAGCGCUACCACGCCAUUUGCCGGCCGCUGAAGCACCUGGCUGUCAACACCAAGCGCCGGGCGGUCAAGCUUGUCCUGGGCACCUGGUGCGUGGGCUUGGCCUUCACCUGCCUCGCCGUCUUGCAGUACGCCGACCCGGUCCGUAUCUGCGUCACUUGGCCCAGCGGUGGUAACGACACCGAGAAAUUCGCCGAUCUGCCGGACAUCAUCGGCUUUUGUCUGCCGCUGGCACCUUGGGCCCUGGUCGUGGGCAACCUGGCUUCAUCCGUACCGUUCAUGAUCGCACUGGUUGGCAAUGCAUUCAUGUACAUCCAGAUCAUCCGUACUCUGGGAAACCGACAUAUUACCAACACCGACGAGCAAGACGAGUCGGUUAGCAGAGCUCGCCUGGUCCGCAACCAAGUCGCCCGCAUGCUGGUCAUCAAUGGCACGGUCUUCUUCAUCUGCCAGUUCCCUUAUGCCUGCAUCAAUUUCGUCUACAUAUCCGGCCUUGCCAAGGGGAUGUCCUUCCUGCAAGUUAACGAUCUUCAGAACAGUUUGAGAGUUUUCAGCCACAGUUUAUUGUUUCUCAACUCAGCUAUCAAUCCUAUCAUUUAUUGUGCUGUGUGCCCAUCUUACCGUCGGGCGGUACGCACGGCGUUUACCAGCUCAACGCACUCCACAAACACAUAUUAGGAACCUGUCAAUACGUUUCACCAUCCGUAACAAAAAGGUCAGGAAUUUCAUCUUUUUUGAAGGUACUAUACAAUGCAUUGGUUUAACCUUAUUAGCCACGAAACACCGUCUUUGGCAGAUUCACCCCAGAAAUAAGACAGAAAUGGAUUGUUCGGUAUCCGCCGUUCACCGACAUGAUGCCAUGAACAUGAACUCUGCGAGAAACGGGGUAAAAUCAAUGCAAGUCUCGUUAAAGGGAAUGUACAUCAUUGGCUUUUGCUGUAAUUUUCAGAAAUGAACUAUUUAAGGGGUUAGUAUAAU